AGCAGCCGCCCGCCGGCCGCGGAGGAGGAGCCAUGGCCGGGCUCCCCCCCUCCGGGCAGCGGCCUCGGGCCGGGCAGAGCAGGUGGAGGAGGCUCGGCGGGGCCGCGGCUCCCUCCCGGCCGGGCCGAUGGAGGCUCUGAGCCAGCGCUGCCCCCUGCCCGCCGCCCAGGGCUGCCCCCGGCCGGGCCGCGGCACGGUGCUGCUGGUGAUGACUCUGUCUUUACUGAUGUAUCCAGUGCUGAGAAGUCUUGCUCUCCAGAUGCACGCUGCCGUCACUGGCAGCUACAUCUCUGGGACCCACUCCAUUGCCUUCAUCAACUGUCUCAACGAGCAGAUUGCCAAGGACAUUGCAAGGGGCAUCAUGGACAAGAGACUGGCUGCCUACGUGAACAUCCUGCCGAAGAGCUCGGCCUUGUAUUUCUGGAAAGGGGAACUGGAAGAAUCCACAGAAAUACUGCUGUUAGUGAAAACAAGGACAUCCAAAAUAGGCGAAUUGUCCAACUACGUCAGGUCACUGCCUGGCUGCCUCCCGGCAGGCUUCCUGCCCUCCCCAGCGCCGAGCACAGCCAGGGCCCCUGGCAGUCAGCUGUUGGCUGUGGUAAACCCCAAACUCAAAGCAAAAUCCUCACAUGGCAAAAAGGAGAGAUCCAUCCAUCCCUUUGAAAUUCCCGAAGUCAUCAGCCUGCCUAUUGACCAAGGAAACCCUCUCUACCUCAAAUGGAUAGAAGAAAACGUCCCACGGGAUUAAAGGAAGAGUGCAGAAGCCAGCCUGCUUUCAGGGAGAUGAGACAAAAUGUGCUUUGUCCCGCUGGUGUCCCUGUGCAGGCACACGCAGGGAGGCAGCUUGUAUCCCUGUGGGUUUGCUACGGCACAGAAACUUGGGACUGGGAGUUUUAUUUGCUACUUGAAAUGUCCCCUCCUUGGCCUGACACUGUGCUGCAGGGAGCAUCGAGCCUGGAGGCAGCAGGGAAGGGCACCAAGGGGCUGCAGCGUUGCAGCCACAGGAUACCCAGAGGUGCUCACAUCAAGACCCCACGGCACCCGGGGAUAUUUCAGGCCCCCAGCAGCCAGGUGGUGGCCGUGGCCUGGCAGUCCCCAGGCGUCCUGCAGCCGGCGCCUGAGACCCUUCCCUGGCUCUGCUGCAGCAGCUGUCACAGCAUCUGCACCGCUCUGCCUCCUGCUUCCCCAGCCCGCAGGCAGCAGGAUGUGGCCAGGCACCCCGCGAGGCACUGGCUCACGCCCUCUCCUGCUGUCAUCCAGCCUGCUGGCUCGUCUGACAAAAUCCAAGCAGAGAGCAAACUUGAGCAGAGGCUGCAGGCACUUGCCAGGAGCCCCAGUGAGCGCACACACUGACAGUGCCCUUCCUGCUGAGCCGCUGCCAGAUCAGGGAACCCGGGUGCCAGCUGGAGCAGGGCAUUGCCCAGCUGCAGGGGCUGCGUCCCCCACCUGUGCCUGGAUGGUUGCUUUCCACCCAGGCCAAGUUCAGCCUUGUAAAAAGAUGUUCACGUAGCGUAAUUGGAUGUAACUUAAGAACCAAUACCAAGUCAGUUAUGUGACAGCGAAAGGAAUAAACGGGAGUGUUCCUACCUGCACAGA